AUGGGUGCAGAGGGCAAAGCAGAUCCACAGUUUGGCGACGCGGCGACACCACCAAGGUCAAGCAGCAACAACAACAUUCGCGUUAAGGAGCUGCAACGAGAACAGUUAUGCUGUCGAGUUGCUGAUCUACGUGAAAACUUGCUUCACCUCAACGCCAUGACACCCUCGCAACUCGAGACUAAGCUAGCGCUCCUCGAGCAUCAUUUCACCACUUUUGAGCGCUUGCAAUCAGAGCUGGAAUUUCUAGAUGACUCGCAAUUUGAAUUGGAUCAUCGCAUCGUCUUCGAAGAGGCUUUUUGUGAGGUGAAAAGUGCCAUCGUCGAACGUGAUGGCCUCAGUAGCACCAUAGUCCCAGCACCAAAUUCUUCGUCGUCACCGCCAGCCCGGCAUAGUUUGCCUAAGCUGCAGCUUACUAAAUUUAGCGGCAAACAUACUGAGUGGCUAGACUUCUACAACAUGUUUAAAGUCCUUGUGCACAACAAUGCUGGACUUGAUGAUAUUGAGAAAUUUCAAUAUCUGCGCUCUUGCUUAGUUGACAGCGCAUUUCGCUUAAUCCAGUCGUUGUGA